UUGACAUGCAUGGGAAUUUUUGGAUUGAGGCCCAUGCCAAACCACCUGCAGCUGCUACUUGUCUCUCUACAGCCGCACCCUUAGAAAAGACAGACAAUAACAACCUGAAAGCCAAAAUGCCAUUGAGCAACAACUCUCCGGCUUGACAUUAAUGGAUGAGGUGCUGUGUCAGGGGACUGUUGUAAUAAGCGAGCAGUUUAAUGGCUUUUUGAUUGAUACUGGACAUUUAAGGAUUGUUUAAAGUUAGGGCAGAGGUUUAUUAGACCAAGCAGGUUCAAGGUUGGUACACUCUCUCGUGUUGCCCAAGAGUUUCAUGAAGCUUCUGGGAAUGCAUCAGCCUACACACGCAAUUGCAUGACUAGACUGACACUGCAGUUGAUAAGUUGACAAGUUGAGGGUGAUACUUUGGUACUUUCACAUGAGCGUAUAAUUACCGGACGGAUGCAGAUAAAGUGUUUCAUAGGUCACCACAACUAUAUCAUGGCAGAUUCAGAAUAUGUCUUUUACAUAGACGGGCCCAAGCAGGAAGUGUGUGCAGGAUAUCUUUACAAAUCUCCUCCUGAGAAUCAAUUCAAGACUCUUAAAUCAUGGAAGCGAAGGUACUUUGUCCUUUCUAAGUGCUACGACCACACAUGCCAGCUAAAGUACUACAAAAGUCCAGAGGACAGCAAACCACUCGGGAGCAUAGACCUGUCUAAGGUCACAUACAUGUUCUUGCACCCUGAGAUGCAAGCAAUGUGGACUUGGAUUCAAAAAAAUUUCAGAUGUUCGUCUUCUUGUGUUAUGUUUAUGAAAGUGCCAGAAAGAGACUACUUCCUUAUCGGAGAGAACAGUUGGGAGAUGGAAAAAUGGUUUAAUGCUUUAUUUGAAACCUUAAAUAAUCGUCCACACAGACUACUCAAUCCCAAGGUAUUUGGCACUUUUCAAAACAUCAGUGAACUUCCACAGUCGACAAGUGAAAAUAACCAGCUGUGCAAUGAGUUAAUAGGAUGACAUCAACUACUUUGUGCCAAUGACAGGACACUGAUCUGGGAUUCAUAAAAUAUAAUACACAUGAGCUGCCAAUGCUCCCAUCUGUGAUCCACGAGCCGGUCUAUGUCAGUCCUGUAGAUUACAAAAGCGAUCAGGUAGAUUUACAUACAGUAUAAACAGCAUAAGAGGUAUGCAAACUUUCACACAUCACACUUAGUUUUUUUGUGUGUCCCUUUUGCUCACAUGACAGAACUGAUAGCAGAAACAUGAAGAAGAUUCUGUGACACUGCCUGCAUUGUCCGUAUGAAUAAGAACUUUCAGGCUUUGUCCUGAACUCCAAAGUACCUUUUGUUGCUUAUUGAAAAGUGAAUGUCAACAAACAGUUUGAAAAGACUGAAUUUUUUUACUUUGUAUAUGUAAUAAAUGUUUUAUACUUUUUAUGCAGUCUUAUUUCUUUGCUCAUAAUCAAAUAUGCAUCUGCUAAAUCUGUUGCAAACAAAAUGCUUACUUCAGCACAAAUAAAGUGAACGUGACAAUAAAAUGAACCACAAAAGCUGAAUUUACUUAUCAAUACAAUUCACACAGAUAUGAUGACGUGUACAUGACCAGCAGACUAUAAUUUCAGAAAAUGUAGCCUUUUUUGUACAACAAUACAAAAAAAUGGAAAUACUGUAACAGAUGUAUAUUUCGUGUUUCAUAAAGAAAUGCUUUUCAUUUUCUUAUGUUGCUUUGAUAUGAAAAGAAAAUGUGAAACUGUAAAAUCUAUUAUAACCUGUACAUGUUUGUUUAGAACUGUAUUGUAUAAAUUAUAUACUUUUUUGUGCUAUCAAGUGUUUGAACAAGAUGGUUUUAUAGACUUUGAUUGAAAUCUCCCAUGUGUAUUUUGUAUCUUAAGGCAAUUUAAUUUUAAUUUCCCAUAUAUUUUUUUUACUACGAAAAAUUUGACUUUUAAAAUAAUCAGAUGACAGAUUAUAUGUUUUAAUGCCUUUAUGUUCCCAGCAUCCAAAUACAAACUAGACGUCUAUUUAAAACUAAGCAAAAUUUGGGCUGUAAAUGAAAAUGUAAUAGACGUCAACCAUAGCCCAAAAUACAAUAAAAUAAGUAAAUAAAUGAAACCAAACAUCUUGUAAUCACUGUUGACUUUGCUUACAUGUAAAUGACAUGUAACCAAAUUCAAGUUUAUUUUGGCUAUAAGUGAGUUACUCCUAGCUGGACUAUAUCAG